AUGAUCCGUCCAAACAAAGCAAAAGCCUCGCCAGACCUCUCCAUCCACCUCCAUGCGCCCACCCCGGACAGAACCGUCUUCUUCCCCGGCGAAAAAAUCACGGGUCAGAUCCGAAGACAAGAGCACAUUGUCCGCCCAGAAGUAUGGCUCAUCCUCUUCCUCCACGGCCGGUCCGUCGCACGCAUCGAGAAGACCACUGGUUCGGGCGAAAGCCAAACAACGCACCACUACAACACGGAAUACACCCUCUUCCCUCGCCAGCAAGUAACAUGCAUCAACGGAAGCCCGGUGCAUAUUCCCCCAAACAGCCCUGAAGGGCAAGCGUGGAAUUUCCAGGUGCAGAUCCCUCCCCAUUGCCUCAACCCGAAGUUGGCAAACGCGACAAAGGAGGACGGCUGGUGGGCGCGCAACAAGCAGGAUCCAGAAAUGGCGUUUGUCCCACUUCAGACUCCGAAAAUUCCCCUGCCCUGCUCGGUGAUGUCGCACCAAGGGCAUGGAUCGAGCAAGCAGGCGACGUGGGUGGAGUAUUGGCUUGAGGCGUUUUUAUAUGACAAGGCGCCGUUUCACAAUAGUAAUCUUAAGCACGUGGCCAAGUCUAGGUUGCCGGUGGCGGUGUACCCGAUGCCGUUGGCGGGUGUGCAGACGGUGAAGAUGCUCAGGUUUUGGUCGGCGAAUCAAGUGAUACGAUCGCAGCGGUUGCUGGCUGGACGGGAGGGGGAUAAGCUGAGUGUUAAGGAGAAGAUGCUCAAGAUGGUGAGGAGUUCGAGAGUGCCGAGGUUGGGGUUCAGGGUUUUGGUUGAUUUACCUGCGGGGAUACAGUUGGGGGAGCUGCUUGGGGGGUUGAGGGUCGGAGUGUGGAAGUUGCAUGAGCUUACUGCUGGGUUGGGGGAUGACAGUGAGGAGGAGGAUGAGAGACACCCCGAGGAGAAAAACAAGGGGAAGGUGACGAAGACGGAAGAAGCGGAAGGAGAGAGACUUCCGGGUUAUGAGCAAGGUGAGAGCUCUACUAUCCGAGCGGCACGGCCUUCCCAUGAGCAACCGCACGCCGCCUCAGAAAACGACAUCAAAAUCCGUCUCGUCAGCCUCAAAAUCAAGGUCAAGGCCACCACGUCUGUUUCGGUGAAGGGGAGCGUGCUCGAUAAACAUGACAUGACGAAGGAAACCGACAUUGCCAGACUUGAACUUAGUACGCCCUCUCUGGGCUUGCCGGGUGGUGAUGGAAACGGGAUUGAAAUCCCUUUUAUCAGCGAAGAGACCCGGUACGAGCAACGGCUGCCUCAAACUGAAGACGCACCGCCACCGGCGUAUUCCGACAGUGGGAAAAUGAUGGAUUUGGGCGCUUCGCUGGGGAUAAGGUUCAGUAUGAAGUGGCUUGAGAUUUGCGGGAAGAGGUAUUCAAUUGAGCAGUAUCGAGGCGGGACAUGGAGUUGGGGGGGCCAGGGGGAUCUGGUUCCAGAUUUUACGACGUUUAAUAUCCAGAGGGGGUAUAUGCUUGUGGUCAAGUUGGGACUGGAGGUGGUGAAGGAGCGGGUGGAGGUUAGGUUUGCGAGGAAGGUUGAGGUUUUGGGCGCGACGGGGUACUCGUCUUGA